AUGCUCAUUCCGACUCCUCCGAGAGAAGAUGAGGUCGGGAUCUCGGAAUACCUUUCUCCAGACGUGCCUGGGUUUUCCGGCAUCUUCAAGUCGCUGUGGCAGGAUUUCCACGUUCACGAGGUUGACCCGCAUGGUGUGGAGCUGCACCUGAGCGAGUUGAUCAGUCCUGGGGCGGUGGCCGCAGAGCUGAAGAAAGCAGCCGAGGAGCGACGAGAAGCUCGAAGCGCAUUGGGUCCAGACUUUGCGUUCGAAGCGUCGGCAGAAAACGACUUGCGAGAAGCGCUGGGACAAAGUAUUCUAGAACAGCUUCUCACCUUCCUGAAGAAGCAGCAGUCGCAGCAUACCGAAAGGGGCCAGGAGCCGGAAGAAGCGUCAAAGGACGGUUCUCCUGCUGCGGUGGCGGAGCCUCCUGGCUAUGUGGACUUGAGCGCUGAAGAGAUCAGCGACGGAUCCAAGGAGGCUCGGAAAAAGGCUCACCAAGUCGUUCUGAAGCAUUUUUCCAGCUUUCUCAACACAGAAACAGUCGAGGCCGAUGGCAGCCGCUGUAUCCGCGUUUGGAUGCGUGAGGCCGAGCGGAAGGCCAAAGCGCCGACCGCAGCCACGUCCGGCGAUGUCAGUUCUGGCAAGGGAGCCAAGAAAGGAAAAGGAAAGGCUGGGAAAGGGCGAGGCAAGAGCAAGGGGAAGAGUGGCAAGAGCGAAGGGCCUCCAUCGGAAACUGUCCCCUCGGCUUUUGGGACAAUGAGAAGAGAGGGCUGGCCGAAAGACAGACCUGACUAUUUGUAUUUCCGCCUGUACAAGGAGAACUGCGACACAGGGGAGGCAGUUUCUAGCAUUGCACGUUGCGUUGGAAGAUCUGCGAAGCAGUUCACUUUCGCAGGCACCAAGGACAGACGUGCAAUCACCGUUCAGCAGAUCUGUGCUCACCGCCUGCCGAUGGACCAAUUGCGCCGGUCUGUGCUUCACAGGCUUUGGGACAAGCGCGUGCGCAUAUCGGACAUGGAGUACAGAAACGAGCGGUUGAGACUUGGGCAGCUUUGCGGAAAUCGUUUCAAAGUGGUCCUCCGGAAGGUCCCGCUGAAGGACUUUGAGGCUCGCGGUGGCGGUGACAAGGCAAUUGCUGGUGUCAGCAGGGCUCUGGCAGGAGCACAAAGAGGCUUCUUGAACUACUUCGGCCUGCAGCGCUUCGGAACGCGCCAAGUGCGGACUCACAAAGUCGGUGCAGCGAUCAUCUCCGCUGAUUGGCAGAAGGCAAUUCGAUUGAUCCUCGGCGAAGUCGAAACGAAGCCCUGUGCCAGCAUGGGACACAAGCGCUCUGGCGAGGAGGUGCUCGGUCCCUCAAAGAAGCAGCGUUGCAGCUUUGAAGCCGAAGAAGGCAUGCGUGCAGAAGAGGACGGCGCAAGCCGGAGGCAAGAGGAGAAUGAGGGAGAGAAGGAGAAGGGAGGAAAGGGUGACGGAAAGAGCAGCAAAGGCAAGCAAAAGGCUGCCGUCUUGGAAGCACAGCGUCUUUUUCUUGAAGAUGGAAAUGCUCAGCAGGCACUUGAAGCCAUGCCACGCAGUCAGCAUUUGGAGCGAUGUCUUCUUGGUGCUCUUGCUCGUGGCCUGUCGGAUGCAGACACGUUGAGCCAAUUGCCUCACCAGGCGGUCUCCCUCUAUGCUCACGCAGCUCAGAGCCUGCUGUGGAACGCGGUCUUGUCCCGAAGGAUCCGCGAGUUUGGGCGAGAGCCUCGCAUCGGAGACCUUGUCAUGGUGGCCACAGCCGCGGGCCAGGCCGGUGGCACAGGCUUGCCCGGCGAACUGGACGAUGCGAACGAAGUGCUGUUCGACGAGGUCGAAGAGCAGGAAGCAGACUUGUCGGAAGACGAGGGCCAGGACGCCCACGGUCUUCCAAGUGUGCGGGCACUCACAGGUGAGGAUAUCUCUGCUGCGAAAUUUGCGGACAUCGUACUUCCUCUUCCUGGCUCUGAGGUGGUGUAUCCGGAGUACCUCAAAGCUAUGUAUGAGGAAAUGUCAGAGACACUGUUGGGAUUCCCCCUGGAUCACUUCGCAUCCUGCAAGUUGGUGCCGCUGAAGGGUUCGUAUCGCCAUGCUUCAGUCUGCCCAAAAGACUUCGAGUGGCGAACCGUGGUCCCGGAGCCGCACUCAACAUCGGCAUUGCAAGACAGCGAUGUGGCGAAGCUGCUCCGGGACAGACCGGUGAAUGUUGAGCUUCGUGAAGGGGUGGCUACUGCCCCAGUCACGGGACAUGAAGCGGAGAACUCUUCGCCUAGUGCGACAACAGAUGCAGCUGAACCUGGCACAGGGGCAGUGAUUUUCAGCUGUGUCCUUCCUCCGUCGUCGUAUUUGACAAUGUUCUUGAGGGAAGUCAUGAAGCAAACCACUGCUCCGCCGACUCAGUGA